AUCUUGUUCAAUUUCACCUCUGGAAAUGGAGAUGACCGCUGAUCGCAUUCGUUCCAUCUCGAUUCCGGAAGAUUUCACUCCGAUAGCUGCUAGAUUUUCGGGGUAGUUGUUUGUGGAUAAUUGAAUAAAUGAGUGACCGGCACAAGCUUGACAAGCCAGCCUCAGGUAACUGGAAGAAACUGCGGGAUCUUAGUAUGAAAUCCGAUAAUCGAAUUUGCGCAGAUUGUAGUGGUUCAGAUCCAAAAUGGGUGUCUGCUAACAUUGGAGUUUUUCUAUGCCUGAAAUGCAGCGACAUUCAUCGGAGCCUUGGGGCAAAUACUUCGAAGGUGCUCUCCUUGACACUAGACGAAUGGUCUGAAAGCGACAUGGAAUCAGUGCUUGAAGUCGGUGGAAACUCCUACGCCAACUCAAUUUAUGAAGCUUUUCUUCCUCGAGACUAUUUAAAACCGAAACCAGAUGCAAGCAAUGAGGACAGGACCAAAUUUAUUAGGUCCAAAUAUGUUCUGCAAGAAUUUUUAACACCGAGCUUACGUAUUGUGUCGUCAAAGAGUUCUUUCCAAUCUGUCGACUCUUCAAAAAGUUCUUCUAGCUUUGGUUCCAAAAAUUCAAAUAAGAAUGUGGAGGCAGGCGAAUUCAUUGGAAAUUUGAAGGUCACAGUAGUUCGAGGCACAAAUUUGGCCAUUAGAGAUAUGUUGACUAGUGACCCGUAUGUUAUCUUAAUGCUCGGGCAACAGAAAGCCCAGACCACAGUAAAGAACAGCGACUUGAAUCCAGUAUGGAACGAAGAGCUCAAGUUUUCGAUCCCACAACAUUUCGGCACUCUUAAGUUGCAAGUGUACGAUCACGACUACAUCUCCGCUGACGAUAUAAUGGGCGAAGCUGAGAUUGACUUGCAGGCUAUGAUCACUGCGGCAUUGGCCUACGGGCAUGUGGAUGUUCAGGGGAAGAUGCAGGUCGGGAAGUGGUUGAAAAUGAACGACAAUGCCCUCAUCGAGGACAGCUUUGUCAACGUUGUCGAUGGAAAGAUCAAGCAAGAGGUGCACCUGAAGCUACAAAAUGUUGAGUGCGGCGAGAUGGAACUGCAACUGGAAUGGUUGUCGAUGGACAAAUGAGGACUUGGGUUUGUUUUCCUUGUAACUCGAUUACUCGAAGCUUUUGAAAUUGUUCUUUAUGUUCUUGUUGAGAGAUGGAACUUUUGAAUCCAAAUGUAUCAUGUAUAACAACAAGAAGGAUGAAUUGUGUUUUUAAAACAAUUAUUA